AUGCGCCCUUCAACCACUCAAAACCUAGUCUCCCUGUUCCGCUCCGCCGCUGGGCUCGCUUCUAGACGCUCCGCCGCCGCCAAGAAGAAGAAACCUUCGUCGGCCUCCGCCAGCCCAGGCGCCGCCAAGAAGUGUCCUACCUCCUCCUCACCAUUGGCCGACGACGCUGACUUAAAGAAGCACCUCUCCUCCAUUACAUUUUCAUCUUCAUCAUCCUCGGGAUCUGUCAAUCUCCACCUCAAGCAGUAUAAAGCACCCCUGUCCUCGAAGAUCUCCAAUUCAACUAGUACCACUCUCCAUUCUAUUGUCAGUGACAGCUUGAACGCUGAUGGUAGAAGAGGUGACGACGAUAAAUCAGCAGAGCUGCUGUCUGAUGAUGCGUCCAGUUUAUUGCAUGAUGAAAUGGACCUGGAUUGGGAAAAUGACCAUGAAGGGAAGCAAACUUUUGGACUUGCUGACAGCUUAUCAAUGUUAGCCAAAAUGACAAACGAUAAUAUAUUGCUGCAGAGGAAAAAUGUCACUGGAGUGAGGAAUCAUAGGUGGGUUUAUAAGAACACACAUUGUAGUCGGUUUACCAAGUUGGUCAAUAUGUGUGGCACGAUGCUGGGAUCCGAGGCUACCAUUGAGAUAUUUGGGAGAUUGGGAACAAAAACGGGCCUUAAUGAAUACAAUGCAUUGAUAAGGAUUUGCAUGGAGAAAGCAAGGAGUACUAAUGAUGAAGAUGUUUCACUAGAGCAAAUUUAUAAGGCAUACCAAAUAUUUAAGUUGGUAACGGAAAGAGGAUUUAAAAUCAAAGAGGAAAUGUAUGGACAGCUUCUGAUGUAUCUAGUUGAUUAUGGUAUGGUUGAAGAGUUCUUUUUCUUCCACGAAAUAAUCAGAGAUAAGAGUCCUGAUUCACUUCCACGCUUAGCUUAUUACGAAAUGCUAUUGUGGAUGAGAGUCAAGAAUGAAGAAAAAAUUCAAGAACUUCUUGGUUCAGUUAUGGCUAGUGAAGCGGAAGAGAAAUCAUUAUUUCAAGAAAGCUUAUUGAUGGCAUUGUGCGAAGGUGGCCGCAGAGAAGAUUUUUUAAUGCUACUGGAUACGAUUGACAUAACUAAAGUUUCGCCAGUUGCAUCUAUACAGCGUGUCUUCAGGGCAUUGGGGGAGCAUUUGCUGGAACCUCAUGCAGAAAGAUUUCUGCUGGUGCUGAAAAGAAGUGACAUUGGAGCUGAAAACAUCUCAAACUUCAUCCAUGAAUAUGCGGUUAGCCUACCAAACUUAGCGGUUGAAGAUAUCAUCAUAAAGUUCAGAAAGUUACAUACUAAGUUUGAGGUGCUGCCCACAUCAACACAGUAUGAGAAGCUCGUUAGAUAUUGUUCUGAAUUCUUCAAGGUACAUGAGGCACUCUGUGUGGUUGAUGAGGCGUGCGGAUCUGGAGUUGGUAUAUCAUUAGAGUCAUUUCAUUCAAUAUUAGAUGCUUGUUACAAGCGGUGCGAGUUUAAUCUGGUUCAUCAGAUCAAGUCGAGGAUCUCUCAGCAGAAUCUAAAACCUAAUGAUGAGACCAUCAGGAAGAUGAUACUACUAUAUGUGAAGAUGAAAGACUUUGAAGGAGCAUAUGGAUUGAUCAAUGAUCUACCAAACAUGGGCAUUAAUCCAACAGCUGGCAUGUACAACACUAUAAUGGCUGAAUAUUUCCGCGAGAAAAAGGUUCAGAGUGCUAUAAAUGUUCUCAAAGAAAUGGAAGGUGCAGAUGUCAAACCUGAUGCUCUGACGUACAGCUAUCUUAUAAAUAAUUGCCACUCGGAGAAAGAUAUCAUUAAGAUCUUUGAGGAUAUGAGCAACUCUGGAGUUAAACCCACGAAAUGCGUUUUCAUGGCCCUUAUAAAUGCUUAUGCAGCCUGUGGACAGUUUGAGAAUGCCAAAAAGGUGAUACUGAAUGCGAAAAUACCAGUAAAAGACUUAAACGAAGUCAAGGCUGCUCUAGUUGAAGCUCUUGCUGAAAACGGCCAGUUAUCUGAUGCUAUUAUGAUUUACGAAGAAAUCAAGAAAGCUGAGUGUGACCUGAGUCCCAAGUCCAUUAGAUGUCUUAUUGAACAUUUUCAAUCAGAAGGUGAAUUGAACAAAUCGCUUCAGUUGCUUAAGGAAGUAAAUGGUUCACCCUAUUGGCAUGACGCCUGCUUUACAGUCAUAUCCCAUUGUGUUCGAUAUGAAAAUUUAAGGUGUACCAUUGAUUUAUUAAAGCAACUGCAGUAUAAAUACAUGAAUGCUGAUGUUGCCCAAGAAGUGUUGUUUGAUGAGGUAUUUUGCAUACUUGCGGAGAAAGAGUCAAAAGACAUGCAGUUUGGUCUUGAUCUGCUUCAAGCACUUAAAGAAGAACUCGGAGUUCACCCUUCACGAAAAUGCCUGGAUUUUCUUUUGACCGCUUGUGUUAGUGCAAAGGAUUCAAAGGCUUCCUUUGUUAUUUGGAAAGAGUACAAGGCAGCUGGUCUUCCUUACAACGUUUUAUCUUAUGUUAGGAUGUAUCAAGCUCUUCUUGCCUCGGGUGAUCGUAAGUCUGCAGCAAAGGUGUUAAAUAAAAUAAAGCAAGAUGAUCCCCACGUCCGGAUUGUUCUCAGAGCAUGCCGGAACACAUAUAUAAAGCCUCCUUCAGUUCAGAAAAGGCAGAAGAAAAAAAAGAAGGCACUAGUGGCAACAAUGGGGUUGAUGGAUGCAUUGGGAGCCAAAACCAAGUAA